CCGAACUAGAAGCGACAGAAGCGGAAGGUGAAGCAGAAGGAAACAUCUGGAUUGAUCUCAGUUUAACAUCCGCAGACAGGUGAGCAGACAUGGGCGCCCUGUCCACCGGGGAGGUUUGCGUCAAAUACGCUCUUUUUAUCUUCAACUUCAUCUUCUGGCUUGCAGGUACCGGAGUGCUGGCUAUGGGACUAUGGCUGCGGUUUGACCCCAGGACUAGAGACCUGUUUGAAAAAGAAGAAGCAUUCACAGUCUUCCUCACUGGGAUGUACCUGCUGAUAGCUGCAGGAGCUCUGAUGAUGGUUGUGGGAUUCCUGGGAUGCUGUGGAGCCAUUAAAGAGUCUCCAUUCAUGCUGGGACUGUUCUUCCUCUUCCUGCUCCUCAUCUUCGCUGCUGAAGCGGCUGCAGGUAUCUGGGCAUUCAACAACAGGGAGAAGCUGACUGCAGAUGUUAAGGAGUUUUAUAGGGAGACCUAUAAGAAAUACCAGAACUCCAAACAGGAUGCACUGAGGGAGACCCUCCGUCUCGUCCACUAUGCGCUGGAGUGCUGCGGUCCUACAGGAACAGUGCUUGAUUCAGUCAAAGACAUCUGUCCUAAGCAGGAAGGACUGGAACUCCUUAUUACCAAGGGCUGCGUAUCGGCAAUAGAGGACGUUUUCUCUAACAAGCUGCACAUCAUCGGGGGAGUUGGCAUUGGCAUCGGGGUCAUUAUGAUCUUUGGGAUGAUCUUCAGCAUGAUGCUUUGCUGCGCCAUCAAGAGGUCCAGGGAUUUUGUGUAAACAGAAAAAAAAUGUAUAUUGUUUUAUCAGACGACGUCAUUUUUUGUAACCUGCUGCUUCAGAGUGUAAACUAUUUUAACGCUAGACGUCGGUCAUUCUUUGGUUUGCUAGUUUAGGUUCAUACAGGAUGGUCCCAUAGACCUGUGAGAGUAUGAAGCUUCUGCACUGAUGUCUUUGAAUUCCUCUAAGUUUGGUUUGCAGGCAAAUUAUUUUUGUACACAAAAAGCUAAACUGAACUUUUUUUUUUGUUGUUUACCAAAAUCGAAUAGAAAAUUUUAGUUUUCAAGAAGAAUGUAGGGAACCUUUAGAACUUUGCUUCCCUCUAGUGGACAUGUCUGCCAAUUAUUUUUUAAAAUGUUAAUAUUCUGUUUUUGUUACAAAAUGCACUAAAAGUAACUGUGCUAAAGCCUGUUUAUUAUUGGAUUACUAAAUGCUUUAUUAGGACAUGGUAAAUAUUUUUUUUAAAGCAAGAAUUGUGGAAUUUUAUGCAAAUAUUACGAUAAAUGAGGUUCACAUGUUUAAGAUGUAAAGUACCUAAUAAACAUGGAUUUGUGUUACACAAAA